AUGAGUAAAUACCAUUGGCAUAGACCAUCAAGAAAAUUAAUUGAUCUUGAGUGGCUCAAAGAAUCUGUUAAGCAAAUUAAUGAGGGUAAGAAACUUAAAGACGUUUGUAAAAAAGCUCGUUUUAAUAACGGAUCUUACCGAGAAAUUUCAAAGACUAUGUUCAAAAAACUUGUUAAUGAACAUAAUUUAGAAUUAAAACCAAAACGGGGCCGAAAGCCAAUCGAAAUUAAUCUUGUUGUGGCUCAGGCAUAUGCAAAUUUGAAAGAUUUAAUGGCAAAUGUCGGAAUUAAUCAAAUUAUUCAGAAAAUCAGAACAGAUUUUAUCAAUAUAAAUCAUAAUCCUGGCGAAUUUGAAAAAAAUCAAUCUGAAAUUCAAAAAAACGGAGAAUUAAAUUUUCAAUCAGGAAGCUGGCUAGAUCAAAUUGAUCGAACAACUCUAGUUCAGGUAGUACAUGAAAUUGAAGGAACUCCCAUUGAAAUUAAUCCUAUUAGAGAAUCAUUACAAACAGCAACAUAUAUCACAAAAACAAUCGAAUCUCCAUCUUAUUUGAUGGGAAGAAAAAUCCAUAAAGCAAUUAUAGCUGGUACACCCUCUCAAAAUGAAAAAAUCGAAGAAAAAUAUACUCCUAGAGAUUAUCUUGCAGCCAAAUGUCACAAAAUUUGGCAUGCUGAUAUCCACUAUUGGAGGAAACGCAUAGGCAAAUAUCUCUUCGCAAUUAUCGACGAUAGAUCCAGAAAAAUCAUAGAUUAUAAUUUGUUUUCCCAAAAAAACAGCAUGUCAAAUUUUAUAUGCAUGUAA